GAGCUGAGUGACUCUAAACCCCCCCGGUACUGUGCUUACUUACUUAGACCUACUGCCUAAAAUACACACUGACCCUUUAUCUAGCGGAGGUGGGGCUAAAGAGAACGUGGAUGUCCGGGAGAUAUGCAUGAGUUAUACAUGAAUCCUCGCUCUCAAACAAACCUGAAGUCCACUGGUGGCCGGAGGGAAAAGGAUUCACGUUUCAUUCGCUCAGGAAUGGAACAAAAAGGAAAUGGCAAGGCAUGAGAGAAACAGAAGUCAGACCACAAAUAAACAGUGAGUGUUAUUUGCAGGUGAUGAUGCGAGGCUACCGGUCCAAUGGGAACGUGGAGGAGCUGCUGAAGCAGUCUCAGAUGGAGCUGUCCUGGAUCCAGAGACAGUUAGCCAUGGUCUCCAUACGCAACACUCACCUGCACACCAAGGGAAAGGUGUUCCAACACUCAUCGAUAUGCACCCACAGAGAAACCAAGCCCAGACACGAAGCUUCAUCCCUUCAAACUUCAGGACAAUCUGCGGGUUUGAACCAGUUCCAACUGCUUGAGGCCGGAAACCGAGCCCUGAAGCUUGAAGUGGCGACCCUCCAACAAGAGAAGCAGCGGCGGAGAACCUUGAAAGCAAAGCUCCAUGCGGCCCUACAAGAGCAACAUCGGCUUAACCUCGAGCUGAUCAACCACACCCUCCGAUCCACCAAGUAUGACCAGGUGCGGUCCGACUACGAGCAGCUGAGGCGGACCUUUGUGCUCGUGAGGCGUGAGAGAGACGCAGCCCGGCAGGAUAGGACCCACCUCCAAAUCAAAGUAGAGAAACUGGAAGAGGUUCUGAAGCAAAUGCACGAUGUCGCAAAGGAGAGACAGCGGCUGCAGGUAGAGCAUGAGCGUGCCCUGGAGCUCCUGCACGGCAAGCAGAGGGAGAUUGAUUUACUGCAAAGGGCUCCACUCGAAGCAGACCACGAACAUGAAGGAGCAGUGCAUCUGCUAGAGGUCAAGGUUCGCGACCUAGAGCACAAAUGCAGGUCCCAGCGUAACCGGUUCCAGCUGCUGCUUGACCUACGCUCAGAGUUGGAGACGUCCGACGGCCCCGCCACUGACUCCUCCUCCCCGUACAGGAGUCACCAGCAGAGGAACCUCCGACAAAUCCUCAGCACACCGCAAAUAGGAACCGGCGAUGAGCGCGUGGCAAACACACAGCCACUGAUCGACCGAUCGCUGUUUCCCCGCCCACCGCCCCAGACCAGACCCCGGGAAAGGCCUGAGCCGCUGUCCGUCAGGUCCAGCGCCGCGGCAACGGAUCGGCCCGGCUGCCCACGACAGGGGGCCCCCUCAGAGAUGGAGGAUGAGGUGAGCCCAUCACCCAGGUCCAAGGCUCGCUAUACAGGCCAGGUCCGGCUCUGCUCCGCCCGCUACAGUUAUAACCCAUACGAUGGACCCAAUGAGCACCCUGAAGCAGAGCUCCCCCUGGUGGCGGGAAAGUACCUCUACGUGUACGGGAACAUGGACGACGAUGGGUUUUAUGAAGGGGAGCUGCUGGAUGGCCAACGGGGCCUUGUCCCCUCCAACUUCGUGGAGUUUGUCCAGGACAAGGAGAAGCUCGCCAUCCAGGCCGGGGACGAGGGGGAGGAGCUAGGCCAGCCGGGCCACGCCCCCUUGUGCAUCAUGGGUGUGGAGGGCGGGGGCGGCGGCGGCGGCGGCACCCUCGACGGCGGCGUCCUGUGCUCGUCCAACGCGCUGGGCCCCUGCAGCAACGGCACCGAGGAGGGGCCCCCGGACCCCGAGGACCUAGCGGAGGACGUGGUGCCUUACCCCCGGCGAAUCAACCUCAUCAAGCAGCUGGCGCGCAGCGUCAUCGUGGGCUGGGACCCGCCCCUGGUGUCGCGCGGCUGGAGCGCCGGCAUGUCGGGCUACGCCGUGCUGGUGGACGGCGAGCUGAGGGCCACCGUGGCCCUCGGGGGCCGCACCAAGUGCCUGCUGGAGAAGCUGGACCUGGACGGCUGUGUGCACCGCGUGUCGGUCCAGAGCACCACCGACCGCGGGCCCUCGGACGAGCUGCGCUGCACGCUGCUGGUCGGCGCCAACGUGGUGGUGGCGGCGUGCGGGCUGCGCGUGGACGACAUCCAGCGCGACACGGCCGAGCUCUCCUGGCUGCCCAGCAACAGUAACUACGGCCACACCAUCUUCCUCGACGGUGCGGAGCACGCGGCGGUGAAGCCGGGCCGUUGCCGGCUGCGCUUUGUCAACCUGAAGGCCAUGACGGUGUACAAGGUGACGGUGGUAGCGAGGCCGCACCAGGUGCCAUGGCAACUGCCGCUGGAGCAGAGGGAGAAGAAGGAGGCCGGGGUGGAGUUUUGCACCCUAGCGGCGGGCCCUCCUCUGGCACCUCAGGAGGUGCAGGUGCUGUGCGGACAGGCGCCCGGAGUCCUGCAGGUGCACUGGAAGCCCCCGCCCCUCUCCCCGACCGGGACGUCCAACGGGGCCAACGUCAUCGGUUACGUAGUCUGCACCAAAGGACAGAGGAUCGCCGAGGUGCUGUACCCGCUGGCCGACUACGUCAGCGUGGAGCUGACCCGCAUCCAGUGUCUGGAGGCGCGCGAGGUCAUCGUCAGAACUCUGUCCGCGCAGGGCGAGUCCCAGGACUCGCCCGUCGCCGUCAUUCCAAACAACCUGCUGGUGCCUCCGCCCCCCCUGGCCCUGCCCCCGCCGGGACCCCAGCCUCUGGCGCUGACGCUGCACCCCCACAGCGGACCCCCCGGCCCCCCGCCUCCUCAACAGCACCCCCACCUCAAGUCCCCCCACCUGCAGCACCCCCAGCCCCAGCUCCAGCUGUGUGGCCCGCCCCCGGCGCCGGGACACCCCCACCAACACCCGCCGCAACCCCACCCCCGCCCCCAAAACUCUCAGCCCCAGCCCCACCCCCACCCGCACUCACAGACCCUGCCCCACCCCCACCCGCAGCAGACGCACCCCCAGAACCAAGCCCACCCCCACGGACAGACUCUGCCCCAGCCCCACCCCCAGCCCCGCCAGCCCCACCCGCAGCCCUUGCACCUGCAGCCGCACCAGGGCCUGAGACCCCAGCACCGGCUACCCCUGAUCCCCCACCCCCACCCCCACCCCCUGCCCAAGCGACCAGUAAGUGCCAGAGACCUGGAGGCCAAAGAGCACGGCGGCGCCGGCCCCCCGCCCAGCGGAUGGGACCCCCCGCGGAUGGCCCCGGGCCCCCAAGGACAGCCCGGUGCGUGGGACCCGGCGCGGAUGGCUCCCCCGCAGGUACACACCCUGGAGGCGCCCCCGUCGGCCAACCCCCGCUCCCCCUCCCCGCAGAGGAUCCUGCCCCAGCCGCGGGGCACGCUGAUCCCGGACACCGUGGCCAAGGCCAUCGCCCGCGAGGCGGCGCAGCGCGUGGCGGCGGAGAGCGGGAAGGGCGACAGGAGACAGCAGGGGGGAUACGGCGAGCAGCCCUUCCACCAGCGCCACUCGGACGAGGAAGAAGAAGACGAGGAAGGCUUGGCGCGUGGACGUCGGAGGGGGCCCUCGGUCGACGAGUUCCUCAGAGCCUCUGAGCUGGGCCGGCCGCCUCACUAUAGUCACAGUGAGGAGUACCACAGCGAGAGCAGUCGGGGCUCCGACCUGUCGGACAUCCUGGAGGAGGACGAAGAAGAGCUGUACUCGGAGAUGCAGCUGAACGACGAAGGUAGACGACGCAGCUCACACCACGCGCUCAAGGCUGGCAGCUCGCCGGGAGGGCGACACGACCGGGAGAACGGAAGACGAGGCCCCCAGGGGCCCCGCGGAGGGCCCCAGCCCCAGAGACGGCCCCUCAUGGUCCCCUCUAUUGAGAUAACCACUGAGUGUAGUGGUGAGGGCAAGCUCUGUCCGGGCCAGGAGGACGGUUACUGUGGCAGGGUAGCUGGCCACAGCACCCGGCCGCCACACAGGCACGCCGCAGCCACCCGCGCUCCGUAUGACGGGGGCCACCGGGAGAGGGAGCGACGUUCCCCGCCGUACUACAGCGACUCCAAGCCCGAGGAGUCCUUCCGGAUCUUCGUGGCGCUGUUCGACUACGACCCACUCUCCAUGUCCCCCAACCCCGAUGCCGCCGACGAAGAGCUGCCCUUCAAAGAGGGCCAGAUCAUCAGGGUGUACGGGGAUAAGGACACGGACGGCUUCUACCGGGGCGAGGUGUGCGGUCGGAUGGGCCUGAUCCCCUGCAACAUGGUGUCAGAGAUCAGGGCCGAGGACGACGAGACGCUGGACCAGCUCAUCAAGCAGGGCUUCCUGCCCCUCAACACGCCCAUCGACCGGAUAGAGCAAAACAGGCGCGGCCAGCGUAGAGACCAGGCUACUCGGAGGAUGGUGGCCCUCUACGACUACGACCCCAGAGAGAGCUCCCCUAAUGUUGACGUUGAGACUGAGCUGACCUUUUGUGCUGGCGACAUCAUGGCUGUUUUUGGAGAAAUUGAUGAAGAUGGCUUUUAUUAUGGGGACAUCAACGGCCACCGCGGCCUGGUCCCCUCCAACUUUCUAGAAGAAGUGCCUGACGACGUGGAGGUGUAUCUGACGGACAUCCCCUCCCACCACCACCACCACCCCCCCCAGGAGGAGUCCGGCGGCCGCGCCCCCGCCAACUCCUCCCACUGUUCCUCCUCUGCCGCCAACGCAGAGGGCAAACGGGUCGCCACGGAAACCGCCGACAUCGUGCCCGUGGCGCGCAGCCCGUCGCCAAUGGUGCUGCCGGGGACCAUGCGGCCCAUCAGCCCCGCGCGGGGCUCUCAGGGGCCCUCGGACCCCCGCGACGACCAUGACGGGGACCCCCGCGACAGCCACGACAUGAAGAAGAAGAAAGGUAUUCUGUCCAAGGGGAAGAAGCUGCUGAAGAGGCUUUCCCCCGUCAACAAGUAACACGGCACAGAAGCGCACGCCGUUCCCGUGGCGACGCCCGGGCCGCCGGUCCCGCCAUCGCUUCUAAUCUCGCGACGUGCGGCGGCGAGGAGGAGGGGAUGUGCACGUAGUGUGUGUGUGUGUGUGUGUGUGUGUGUGUGUGUGUGUGUGUGUGUGUGUGUGUGUGUAUAGGACUGUUUGAAUAUAAUCAUGUGAUCGCUUGUUUCCGUUUUAACUAUGGAUUGAUUUCAUGAUGUACAGUGCGCCGUGCCAAAUCAAGAGAGCGAGAGAGAAAGUCUCACAAAGCUACAUUAUAACUGUGAUUUCUUUUAUUCCAGGGGCGAGGGUUUUUUCAUGACAUGUAGGCCUAAAUCGUACCAGUUGAAGUGAAACAGAACCUUAUCUCAAGCAGGGUAGUCAUGGAAGACACAUUUAAUUAUUAUUUUUUAUAUCUAUAUAUAAAAAAAAUAUAUAUAUAUGAUUUUAUGAAACCUCAAAACAAAAACAUGUCAAAACCAUCCAUAUUGUGGAGGAUCGAUGUCAAUACUGGAAGGUAGAUGCUGUUUUUCCUAAAACAAUCCUAACAGGACUGUUGAGGGAGGCAUUGGGGAGGUAAUGCUGGCUGCUCAUAAACACAGAGGCUUUAGUCAAAGCAAUACGGUAGAAAAGGUGGUGGCCAUACAUGGCUUACCACACCAAGGAUCACACGGAUACAAAACAGAUAUUUUUUAUGUGCCUGCGAGUUUAGCAGAUAAAGCCUCAGUGAUGAAGGGAACUCAAAACAUGGACAGGCACUAACAUGGGCAUUACAGCAAAACAGGACAUGUGCAACGACAGUCAAGCAACGCCGUUUCAGUGGCCUUCAUAAAAACAAUACGAGCUGACAUUCCUUGGGUUUUUCUGUCUGACAAGGGUUGAUUUUCUCAAUACAAAAUUGUGUUUUUCUUUUUUGGUUUCUGCCAAGAAUCACUGUUGCGUUGUCAUUUUUGGAAGAAAAUCAUUCGGGGGAAAUAUGUUAUUGUGGUCUUGAAAACCGUCAUGACAACGUAAGUCCCAGACAACAUUCUGUUUGUCUUCCUAUUGCACAAAGCGUGUGUGUUUCCUCAGAGGAUCGGGACAGACGUCACUUUUUUUCGUGCCUGUGUGUGUAUGUGUGUGUCUGAAUGAGCAUGCGUGUCUAUGUGUGUGGGCAGUUUGUUGUAUGUGUGUGUGUCUGUGUGUGUAUGUGUGUGUGUAUGCUGCCUUCAUGCUCGUGCAUACGUUUGUUUUCUAAACUAACUUAAAGAAAAAAAAAGAAACAGCCAUGUCUUCAGGGAUCUUAGUGGUCCAGUGCUGCUAAUCCCACCGCCAUCGCUUUACGGUUUCCUCUUGCGGGCAUAAGGGGACGAAUACAGGGCACUGAUUGGUCCAUCGUGGAACAUAAAAGGUGUUCAAGGUGCAUCGUUAUCUGAUCAUCAUCAUCAUCGUUAUCGAGAACUCGCUCAAAUCCAAAAUUUUAACCCAAGUCUAUGCUACAUAGUUCUAUGUGAUAUAUUAUUACCGUAUAAUUGCACAAAUCUGCACAAAUCUAUGAGUGCCACGGGGAAGAUUUAGUGUUAUUGCGUUGGCUAUGGAUAGUUGGAACACUAAUGAUUAUUGUUUAAUGAUAUAACUAUAAUGAGCUCCGACAAAGAAUAAGCUAGUAUAGAUAGUACAUCAUCAUAGCUAGUAUAGUGCAAUAUUGAUAUGUGACAUCAUGUCACUGAUCAACAUUGCGUGCUGCUUUCUAAUUUUCUGGAUCAUUUAAUGUUAACCAGUUUUCCUUUUCCCUUAUUCAAAAUAAUGGCCUUAAAUCUAAACUACGAGGGAAAAUGGGCAGGAUAACAGAUUAUCUGGGAAAUGGUCAACCAAUCACUCUCUAGAUGUUAAUGUAGCCUCUAAAUAUGUCCGUUCCAGUUGAAGAUAACAUUGUCUCGACAUUAAGUCUCAGAGGGACAAUGCUUCAAGGGCAUGUGUGCAUAAAAGAUGAGAUUUUUCAUGGAAAAGAGCUGUAAAUUAAGCUCCAAUAAUCUAAAGUAAAUGAUCAGUCCUCGGGAAACAUUUAACAGACAUAAUUUCCAUACAGGUUCCCCAAUUCUUACAUUUUCUUUCAAAUAAGUGUGUGGACUUUUCUCGAUUUUAAACACCUGCACUGGAACACAAAGCAGCCUAUAACUAAUUGGGGGAAGUUGGGAGUGCAAGCUAGAGAUGGAGUUGAAAUCAGAAAGAAACAGGGUUACUCCUUAGAUAUGCUAUUUAAUAUUUGACAAAAAUAAAAAGUUGGCUUUCCAUCAUGGAAUGUAUGACGCAAAAUGGAGGCAAAGACAUGCAAAUGGAUUAUUAUAUGUUUUGUUGCUUUCAUUUUAUUCCAAAGCAAUCUCUACAGACAAAAGCCUCUGCGUUCAUUCACUGCAAAUUAAAAAUAAAAGGGUAUUUAAUGGUCCUAAUACCAAAAACAAUCAUUUGUGAAUGGGUUAGUGUCUCUUAAUGCCAUUGCUCUUUUGUACUUUGGUCCAUUUGUAGGUCAUUUCUAAAUGUUUCUACUUUGAUUUUUUUCGCAAUUUCCUCUCCUGUAAAAACCAUUGUGUCCUUUCAAAUGAGAUGUUUCAGUCACUAGUUCUGUGUUUGCUCUGUGAAUCAAAGAUAACAAAAAGAAAGAAAAUAUUGGACAAUGUUUAUGGUGAAUAAUUGUGUGUGAGUGUGUGCAUGUGCAAAACAAAUUACACAUUUUAUAAUCAAAAUAAAUUUGAUA